AUGUGGAUGUUGGUAAAUGCACCGAAGCACACUUGCGCUACUUUUAUGAUCAUCGCGCAGACGCAUGUCGCCUGUUUUAUUAUAGCGGUUGUGGUGGGAACGAAAACAAUUUUGCUAGCGAAACCGAAUGCCGACAGCGGUGCAAAAGCGCAGGAUGUGCCACCUCCAGGCAACUGCCCUUAUGGACAGCGUCCACUUGGUGAUAAUGCACCAGUUCUAUGCGGCAACGAGACCGAAUCGUUUGAAUGCCCAGUCGGCUAUUAUUGUCGAAUGGGGCCGCCGCAC